UGAUGGCUGGUCGUAUGAGCAGUGACGCCGGGCAGACAAUCUCUGAAGAAUAUUGAUAAUCGCUGGGAUCACCCCUCUCAUAAAGACACUGUCCAGAAGAAGGCAAAGGCAAACCACUUCUGCCGGAAAAAAAAUUGCCAAGAACAAUCAUGGUCGCUCACGGCACAUAGCGAACAAACGUUCAUCGCAGACCAUUGAUGUGGGACUGGUGACGAGCUAAGGGCGAACUUUGGUUGCAAAGUUUUGAGAGGGGAAACGAAGAAGGAGCCCCCGUUGGGAAGGAAAUAAAGACUUUGCGGAAAAGUGGAGGAGACGACUAAUCAAAACAGAUUUCUUACCAUUCCAGAUUGACAGCACAAAUAAAGGCAAUGAGUCUGCAAGAAAAUCUAAUGAAACAGGUGGCCCCAUUAACGUCUGUCAAACCUUCUUCAAAGAUCUCAAUAGUGGGCACUGGGAGAGUUGGUAUGUCAUGUGCCAUUUGCAUUCUGGAGAAGAGUUUAGCUGAUGAAUUGGUCCUUGUCGAUAAGAUGGCAAACAGAGUUAAGGGGGAAGCGAUGGACCUGUUGCAUGGUAGCGUGUUUCUAAAAUCCAAGAUAACAUCAGCUACAGAUUAUAAAGCAACGCAAGACUCUAAGAUAUGCAUCAUCUGUGUUAGUGAGGUGGCAAAAGAUGGAAAACCAGAUAAGUGUCUGCUGGAGAAGAAUAUUGCUAUUUUCAAGGAAAUUAUCCCUCAAGUGGCUAAGCAUAGUCCAAAUGCAAUUUUGCUUAUUGUUACUCAGCCAGUGGAUCUAUUAACCUACGUUGCCUGGAAACUCAGUGGAUUUCCAAAGAGCUGUGUUAUUGGUACCGGUACUAACUUGGACACUGCAAGGCUUCGUUAUUUACUUGGUGAAAAAUUGAAAAUUAAUCCAGUGAAUGUUCAUGCCUACAUUAUUGGUGAACAAGGACAUAGAAGUGUUGCUGUUUGGAGUAACACAAAUGUGGCUGGUAUUAAUCUAAGCAGUUUGGUUGGAGGAAAUUCAAAGCAAGAUGUAAAUGAAAUUCAUAAAAUGGUCAUUGAAAGUGCCAAUGAAGUUAUAAAGCUAAAAGGAUGCAUUUCCUGGGCGAUUGGUCUAAGUGUGGUGAAUAUUGUUAAUUCAAUUUGUGGAAACCUCAAGAACAUCCAACUGGUGUCCACUAAUGCAAAGGAUGAACACAAGAUCAAAGCUGACGUGUUUCUGAGUCUUCCCUGCCUUCUGGGUGCCAAGGGAGUGUGCGGAAUCAUCCAACAAAAGCUGGAGGAGGAUGAGGCAAAAAAACUGAGAUGUAAUGUGGAACAUCUCUUGAAGACCCAGCAAGAAAUUGUACUUUGAACAAAAUGACAAAUGCUGGUUCUCUUGCACCGUUAGAUUAUUUUUGGAACAUUCAUGAUACAUGAAUAUUAGUCAAGUGGUUUGCUGAUUCAGAAUUGUAUGAAAAUUAAAUGCUGCUUGCUAAAGUUAAAUGAAACCAAUAACAGAUAAAAUGAAAAUCAAUAUUACAAGUAUGGUAACGUAUUGUGAAUUCCCUCACUCAAAGAUACCAUCCAUGUCAUGAUUGUGACAAGGGUUAAUAGCGAAGGACAACACUGGAGCAAUGAUUAGAUUUCCCUCCUUCCUCUCUGGAGAAGCACAUUUCCCAACUGAGGAGAACAACAGCUGCACGAACAGUAAAUUAAUUAGAAAUGGUCAGUGUCAGAAAAGGUUAGGAGAUAUAUUAUGAAAGCAAAGGUGAUGCAUUUUGGCAAGUCAAAUGGUGUUAAGACAUAUACUCUACUGCCCUCACAGUGCAUACGUAGAAAGCUAUGCAGUGAGCUAAAUACAUUCUCAUGAAUCACCAGAGAAGGAAGCUUCCUACAGGGUUUUGAAUGAGAUCUUACUUGUGAAAGAUAUUGUUUCAUGGCCAAAUAAAGAGAGGAUGAAGAUGGAUGUCUUUUCAUCCUGUGCUUCGAGUCAUAUCCAAGUUACCAAGGGCAUCAAAGGUUAUGGUGAGAAGGCGGGGGAGUGGGACUAAAUGGGAGAAUGGAUCAGCUCAUGAUAAAAUGGCGGAGCAGACUCGCUGGGCCGAAUGGCAGACUUCUGCUCCUUUGUCUUAUGGUCUACCUGCACAUGAAAUGAUAUAUAAAAAAAAACAGCUCAUGUCCAUACAAAAUCAACUCUGCCUCUAGAGGCCAGAACACUCCCCACUUGGCAUCCAUAGGAUGUCAGACUGAACCUCUGAAACGAAAAGUCAAAUGAUCAUUUCAUGAAAUCUUUGGUAAAAGAAGGAUGGUGUCAGAAAUUGGUCUUAAAGUCUUACUACACAGUCUUUAAACAUAUCACUUUGAAAAUACCAACCUUGAUGUCGUUCCUGGUGGGGAUCAACAAGAAAUGCUGGACCAGUUAACCAUGAGGAAAGGGUGAGCUGAUUAGCUUGUAGCCCUGUUUGGCAUGAUCAGUCAGAACAUAGUUCUUUAAGAUGUUGGAAAGGAUUUGUAGCUCAGGUUGAGGAUGUUGUUGAGUGGCUUGCAGAGCUGGCUUGUUAGCUUGCAGAUGUUUCACUACCUAGCUAGGCAAUGUCAUCAGUGCAACUUCGAAUGAAAUGUUGGUGAUCUACAUCGUUCGUCUUUUAUGUGUCCUGUGAUUAGUCAGUUUGUGUGUGUGUGUGUGGGGGGGGGGUAUAUGUGCCAAUUGGUUACCAAUUACGUAAUCCGCUAUUGAUUCAUUAAAAUCAAAUCAGGUGAUAAUUAAUGUCCAGGCUGUGCUAGUCAACCAUUAUGUAGGAUUAACAUUGUCCUCAUUUAUUGACGUUUGUAAUCAGGUGUGAAUAGGGUCUUGGCUGCGCGCGCACACACACACACACACACUGUCUGUCUCUUUCACUCAGACUCACUCUCUCUCACUCUCACACUCACACUCUUAACACAGUCGAUAUCAAGCCAUAUUACAUAAUGGGUCUUUUGACAUCAGUGACCUGGAAAACAAGGUUGUUGGUAAUGAGGCCCCACCCAAGGCCCUGACUGUACUGCAUAGGAGGGAGGUCCUGUGUGAGAUUUUGUAGACAUUUGGCCAGGGCUUCAGAUGGGAAAUGUUGCAUCACCUCAGCAUGGUUGGAUGCGAUUGUAUGCAGUCUGAGAUUAGACUGCACCAACAUGUCUUGCACUGUUUUCAGCAUGCUGAUUGCUUCUACUGCACUAGAAAAUAUUUAAGAUCAUUAUUGGUAGUCCUUCGGAUUCAGAGAAGACACAAGUUGAGUUUGGGUUGAGAUGAAUCGCACAACAGAAACCAGUGCGUGAUGGAGUUUUAAGUAGAACAGCCGUUGCACAGGAGCAAUCCCACUCUCUCGGCAGAAGAGACCUUGAUCCAGUGGCACGGACAACUGUUACAGCUGGAGACCUCUCCUGCUGUGGUCGAUGACUAGGAAGUCUAAGUAUCUUGUGCUCUUAGCGCUCCACAACGCCUGCUGGGCCUGCCUUCUUGACCAUUGGACCAUUUUUAAAAAAUUAAUUUUUUAAAUGAGUUUCUAUAAUACAACAGAAAAAAAACCCAACAGCAAAAAAGAGAUUUAUACAGUGCAAAAUAAACGUAUAAUAUACAAUUCAUAACAGUACAGAAAAAGCACCCAAAAUAAAAUCAUAUAUAGUUAGUAUCCUCCCCACCCUCCCACUACGCAACUCCAAGCCAACCAUUUCGAUGUAAAAAAAGUUAAACAGAGCUUUUGUCACCACAGAGCUGUAAAUAUUUUAAAAAAGUAUAAUGCCUACUACCUAAACUGUAAUAUAUUUCACAUGAAAAAAACUGUAAAAUUUAACCAGGAAAAAAAGCUGAAAGUAAGGGAAUAAAAUACAAAAAAAGGAGAAUAAAUCUUUAAUCUAAAAAGGAAUUAUGAAAAUACUCAAGAAAAGGACCCCACACCUUACGGAACUUUAUGUCCGAAUUAAGAAUUGAAUAAUGAAUCUUUUCAAGGUCUAAGCAGGACAUAAUGUCUCUAAGCCAUUGAGCUUGAGUGGGUGGGGCAACAUCUCUCCACCUAAGAAGAACUAAACGUCUAGCCAAAAGAGGGGCAAAAGAUAAUGUUCGACGUUUAGUCAGACUCAAAUGUAUGUCAACGUCACCCAAGGUGCCAGAAAGAGCAAUCAAAGGGUUAGGUUCUAAGUGACAAUUAAGAAUAUAGGAUAAAGUUAAAAAGACUUCUCUCCAAAAUUUCUCCAAACUAGGACAAGCCCAAUACAUAUGGAUAAGAGAAGCCUAAGUGUCUUGUCGUGCUCUUAGCGCUCCACGACGCCUGCUGGGCCUGCCUUCUUGACCGUUCUUGACUGUUUGAUUAUUAAUUGAUCUCCUCCGCUCAAUCUGUCAGGGUCAGACUUUGCACGCUGGGAUAGACAGAUCCCCUACCUCACUGAGGGUCGAAGACCUGUCGGCUAUCCUCACCUGGUUUGGCCCGUCUGCCGAGACAGUUUACCAGGGGUGUGGCCGCUGCACGUGUUACAGCUACUUGGAGCCACAGGUGAGUGCUGAGCGCCAGGUGGGGACCAAAGGUGGAAGAACUGCCCUGAAAAGGGCACGGCAGGCCCCCCCACCAGAGGUGCUCCCCCACCCUAGACACCCCAUACACCCCAUUUAAGAUCAUUAUCAACAUAGAAAUGUCUCUAUGUACCUCUGUGCUUUAAUCCUGAAUUCCUUCUCUCCCUUGAUUUCUGCCCGUUUAAUGCCAUGGGUUGCACAGUUGAUGAGGGACAGUUACCAAAUGCAUGAACUCUUGUGCAGUACUCCAGACUCUCAUUGUCUAGUUGGUGGCAAUGAAACCACAAAAAUUUGAGGUAAUCUCCAUGAUUCUUUCUCACGAGGAAGCUGUGGAACAUUUGUUCGAUGUCUGCCAUCACUGCGAUGGACUCAGUUCUGAAAUGCAUGAGGACCCGAGCAGACCAUUUCUGAGGUCUGGAUCCUGCAAGAGCACAUUGUUCAGUGAUAUGCCUUUGAACUAAGCACCUGAAUUAAAGAUGUUGCAUAGUUGUGCAGGUUUCUGGGGGUGGUAAAUUCCAAAGAUGGGCAAAUACUAGUUUUCUUAGUUGGGAUCUGGUGGAGGUGCUAACUCAGCAUGAUUGUUCCUGAAGACACUCUCCAUGUAAUGAUCCUCAUUUCUGGUUUCCUUCUCAAUGUGCGACUAAGGGACAUGAGUCGGCAAAGAGUCUGCUCUCUGUUGUUUGGUAGUAGUUGUUGUGGAGAGUGGAAAGGAAGGGGUGCUACCCAACUGUUUGACUUGUCUUUGCUAAAUUCUUUGUUCAUGAUUCAAAGGAAGACCUCAUCUUCGAUGAAAGGUGCCAGCUUAUAAUCAUUUACUUAUUGACUGAAGACCAAUUUGCCUUAAUCUGGUUGAGCAGAGGUAAGUAUGCCAGGGCACUUGGUUUGCUUGCGUACAAUCUUCUCUUUGAUACUCUCACAGGGUCCGAAAUGUCUUGGGUGACAUUAGUCUUAAAUGUGUGACAGUGAGCUGAUAAGCACCAUCAAGGUUUACUGUACCCACUAUAACCCAACCCAGGUCCAGUUGUUGGGCAUAAGGUGAUUGUGCCGAUCAUUGUGCUGCUCAUGUACCUUAUGUGGACGAAAUAGUGUCCCUUGCCAAGCAACUGGAGAAUCUCCGCAGAAGAGACAAGUGGGGGAGUCUUGUCAGCUAUGGCCUUAAGAUGUGAAUGAACAUGUGCAGCUUCAGGAGUUGACAUUUCAUCCCUGUUGUUAGGAAGGUGGUCGCACUCAGUGAGGGUUGAUAAGUGUAAGGAGGGUCCCCCUCCCUUUAACUCUAUUUCAAAUGAGAGUACUGGCUCUUCUUACAACUUCUGAUGUUGCAGAACAUGUCUUUAAAACAUAUGGGGAAACAGAACUUUGACUACUGAAUAUGUAAAAGCAUGUUGAUUUUACCAAGGACACAUUGCUCAUAUCAUCUAAUAUCACCUAUGCCAUUAUUUUUUUUUGUUCAGGGUGAUCUUUUGGGUAGAUAUUGGCUAGAUACAUUUUAGAGCAGCAUUUGCCUUGGAAGCUUUUCCCUCAUACUGGUAAAUUCAGGCCACUCUGCUGUCCUUCAGAAGUGCAACAUCACCUUCUUCAAUGUUAGAGCAUGACUCUUCGCCAUUUAUGGCAAGCUUGCACUGACUGCAGAAAUUCUUGUUUCCAUCGCUUCCAGAAUUGAGCAGCUAAAUUCUGUACUUGACGCCUUUGCAGUUUAUAGAGGUCCUUUUCUGUACAGUUUCCAGCUGGAGGUGGUGCACUGUGUUUCACUGUGAGAAGUAUAGCAGGAAUAAGAAUCAAAGGUAAAUCUGCAUCUGCUGAGACCUGAACGAAUGGGCUGAAAUUGAUAAUUGCCGUUACUUCUUCCAUGAGUACAUGGAACUUCAUGACUCAAGCUGGAAAAUUCUGUGAACAUCCGAAAAGAGGCCAAGAUUCUCCUUCAUGUGCUCCCAUGUGUCGCCCUUGUGUGAGAUGUGUGGUGGAUUAAAGUUCUAAGUGCAGCCUUGGCUGUUGAUAUACCUCUGCACCUUAGAGUCCUUCACUGCAUUUCACACAGCUGCUGGCUCAUUGGGAACCACAUGCUCUACACAAUACACUGUGUUGACACUGCCUCCAUGCACUGCUACCUGAUCACACCAUAGUUCUUCUACGUACCGUUUGCUUCUUGAUGGCUGCCUGGAACUGGGACCAGUUCCAUUAGUCUUUUCCGCCAUACCCUGGAUUUGCCCUGCGGUUUAGCCUAGAAAUUGGACGUUGGCCAGAGAAACUGCGUUUAGCUUGCAUCAUACACCAGGGUGCUCUCUUCAGUUACCUGAUGAGGUAACCAUAGCCUUUGGCCAAGAGCAGAUGUCAUCAGGUGGUGCCCAACCCUCAUAGUGUUUCAAACCUUAACCACCAGACUCUCCAGUUGGUAGGUCAGUGGAGGUGACCAAGUCACUGCCCAUCUGCUCCUAAUUUCCAGCUCCACUCCUCUCACCUGCUCUUUCUGCCUCCUCCCCCAUCCUGUGAGCUGCCUGGUUCUUGAUCUUUUCAUCAGGGGCGUAUCUGCGGAAAAUAGCGCCUAUGGCAAGCACUGAAAUUGUACCCCGGUCCAAACAUCUGACACCUAUCUUUUAGAUAACUUUACCAUAAUAUCAGCUCAAAAAUACAAGUCAAGCUUGUUAAUCUUUUAAAUAACAAAUUAUGGCACUACAUGAAAAUGAUAACUGCACCUUCCUUGCUUUCACUGAUGCAAAUUGGUCUAUGAUGUGAUCAAAAUCAGUUUUUUCAGUUUCUUCUCUUUCUACACUCAGCAGAGCAAAAUCACAGAGUCUGCCUUGACCCAUGGAGACUCUCAAAUACGAAAGUAUUAGUUUUAACUUGCUGAAUGAUCUCUCACAGCUGGCAAUGGAAACUGCGAUGGUUAGCAUUAUCUGAAUAGCAAUGUGAAGACUGGGGAAGAUGCUCUCAUCUCCGUACUGAACAAUAAAUUCAAGAAGCUCUUCAGGUCUUGAUAUUUUCAUGUUGACCCACCUUGAUAGCAACAUUCUGCAAUCCAGAAUUUCUUCAUUUAGCUGCUGUCCAUCAACAUCAGAGCUGUACAAUUUGCCCAAAUUUUCGCACUUCUUUAGGUCGUUACUGUCGGCACCGUAACACAGUCCCUCAACAUCGAGAAGGAACCCAAACUUGGCGUCAGUGUCAUGCAGACGAGUGAACCUUUCGUCCAUUUCUCUGUGAAGACAGUCGAGUGUUCCCUUCAUGACUUCAUUUCAGCAUUUCUUGAGUUUUCAUCAGCCAUUUGUUGCCUUCAUCUCUGACGUCUUUCAACUUCAAUAUUCUAUUCUUGACAGAGACCGACUCCUUCUUCGAGUGACUCACUGACCAACACUUCUCUUUGAUCAUAAAAAUGAUCUCGGAGGGCUUUCAAAUCCAGCGUGGCAUUGUGGAAGUUCAUGCUAGGAUCCUGUAGCCUCUUUUGAAUACGGUCAAUGCGAAUGAGUAUUUUCUUCCAAAAUCCUAGCAAAAUCAGAAAAUCGUAACUCAACGUGCGGUUAUUCAGCUGCCUUCCGUCACUUCUUUUUUCACUGGUCUCGUUUUCAUUGUCUAUCAUGUCCUGAAGAACUUGAAGUAUUCCUCAAGGUACUUGUUGACGGGCUUCACUGCUUCUGUCCUUGCACUCCACCUGGUUUCAGACUCCAACUUAACAACCACAGGCACGGCGUUUUUGAGUUUUUCCCAGUGCUGUGUUGAACAAGAGAAAAACAUGUAGAGAGCUUCAAUGGUUCCAAAACACGUGACCAUCGUUGUAUCCUAUUUGGCUGCAUGUACACCCACCAAGUUGAGUGAGUGAUUGUCGCAAUUUACAAACACUGCCAGGAUGUUUUUCUCACUUAUUCUUUGAUGAACACCACUUCUGUGUCCAGCCAUCACAGCAGCGUUGUCAUAGCUCUGUGACUGACAAUCUUGUAGCUGCAUUUCAUCCUUCUCUAGCUGUUUCAAGAUGUCUUCAACCAAGCUCUCAGCUUCCUUCUGGCUAAUCUGGACAAAACCAAGGAAGGACUCUCUAACAUGGACUGUUUUCCUCUCAAAAUUGACUUCCACAUACCUCACUACUUUUGACAUCUGCUCACGGUGUGUCUGAUCAGGAGUCGAGUUGAACGUGAAACCAUAGUACUUGGCUUUACGAAUGCUUCUCAAUAAACUGUGGCAAACAGUGGAUGCCAUCAUGUGGAUGAAUUCGUUCUGGACACCUGGUGAAAGAUAAGACGUGGAUCCAGGAUGACUUUCCAAAUGAGUGAGGUGUUCUUUUAUGACAGGGUCAAAGAUGGCCAGUAGUUUCAGUAAGCCAAGGAAAUUUCCCACAUUGGAGUCAUCGUCUAGCUGGUGACUCCCCGUGUCCUCGCAAAGCCAGGUUCUGUGUUGCAAGGAAUUUUAUGCAGUGAAUGAUUCUCGUCAAGAUAUCACACCACUUCUGCUUUUCCUUCUCAAUCUGUGACUGGAAUACUGCGUCAAUAACUCCUGUUUCCAGCUAAAUUUCUUUCCAUUUCUUUUCACUGUGUGAAACAUUCCCGAUGAUUCUUGGCAUUUUCAUGAACACUAAUCCUUUCAGGUGCUUUCCGCUGGUUGAAUCCACUUUCCUGCUCCAAUGAGUCUGACUGGGAAUAGUGAAGACAACAGGGGAAUAGUGAAGACAACAGAUACAAAAUGCAGACUUUUUAGAAGGGGAAUGGACCGGCCGUGAGCGAGUCACUUCCUCACCAUGACCAUUUCCCAAUUUCCUCUUGAACCAAGUUUUGUUCAUUGAGCGGUUAUUUGUUGGUAGGAAAGGCCCCUCAAUGUUCUGGAAAUACUUCGAACCCAGCUUUAUUAUUUCUGUUCUCAACGCGUCAGGCAGAAUUGCUUUUCCAGUAUCCUUGUCAAACUUCAGAAGUCCAUUGUAAUGCUGUUCAAUCACUUCUGGUACGACAGUUUGAGGCUCUUUGACACCAUCCAGUUCACUAGGUUCAGUGUCGUCAGGUUCAAUCUCAUCAGGUAAAAUCUUGUCAAUAAACUCAACAUCACCACCACCACCAUCGCCUUCUCCUCCUGCCAUGUCCACAUUCUCUGUGGCAGCCUCACUCUUAAUUUCCUCAUACUCGGAUUUAUCUGACUUGACUUCCUCCUCGGCUUGUGAUGCAUUUGUACUUGAUCCACCUUCGGUUUCUUACAAACUUGUAGCAGGUGCAGGCAACUCCAUGGAACUUGUCAAACUACUUAUUCUGGGCUUUUCAAAGAAGGGCAUGAAGAACUUGCUCGACUUCUUGGCUUCCUCCGCCUCCAACUUUCGUCUCUUCCGUCCUUCAGCUCCACUUUCCUUCUUCGUGAAGAAACAUUUCAUGGUCGUCUUACACAAUGCUCUGAAAUAAGGCCAUCCUAGUACUUCUCACCCAUGAUAAACAAAGACAGAUCAUACAUCUGAAGAAAAUUAUUUUUUCACUAUCUGGAUGGCUUGUCUGACUUUAAUAGAAACUGCUCAGUGGCGCCCAGGGCACCUGCCAUACCUUAGAUACGCCACUGCUUUUGAUCAAGGCCCAGCGCAGACAGCAACCUCCAUGCCGACCUCGCUGGGAACCCUCCACAGCUGAUCUUUGCAGUGAAUAGCCAUGUCCUCCAUCCUUUAUCCCUGCACUCCUGGUCCAAGGACUGGUACUCCUUGCAUCCCUCUCCCUUCCUAAUUCUUCUCUAAGACCAAGUCCAGCGUCUGCCACAUCUACUUCAGGAGGCAGAUUAUUUUGGGACAUUCCACUGAUACUGAUGCUUUGCAAGAGACCUUGUUGAGGCUGUGAACUGGAGUUUACCUUCUCUUUAAGGUUAACAUGGUCUCUACUGAACAGAGAAGAUCUCCAUUUUCCAGAAUGUUUUUUUUAAAGCUGUGAACAGAAGGUCUGUGGAUAUUUCCCUAAACACAUAUCACCACAGGGACCCAUUGUCGGCCCAGCUUCUGUGUGAAGCAUGCAUUAGUAGGACCAUUGAUAAGCUUCCUGACCACAUGUGCUGUGAAGAUAUCUCUCCCAAGCAGAAGUAGGAUUUGUACUUUAUCAUCUGGAGGUGGGAUCUGUUCAGCAAGACCCUUGAGGUGAGAUUUGGAGAGAAGCCUCAGGAGUUGGUAUUUCUUUGCGAUUGUCUAGAAUGUCAUUACACUCAAUCAGUGUUGGAAGUGUAAGAGUAAUGCCACCAUCUCACACUUCAAUCUGAUAACCUGUCGCUCUUCUUCCUGAUCUCUCCAUUACACCAGCCCAGGUCUUCAAGAUGUAGGAUGAUGAAUCGCCAUGAAUGCCAAACAGAUCAAAGAACUCUGACUGGGCUGAAGAUGUGUCGCUCAGGUCAUCAAGCAUUGCAUAUAUCUGGAAAGCAUUCUCUCGUUGCCCUUUAUGAUAUACUUUAACUAAGCAUAUCUUCGAUCAGGAUUUACAAAUGACAGCUGUUACAAAUCUCUGUGUAUAAAAAGUUAACAGAUGGUAAAGUUUCUUUCUCUUCCUCCCCACCACGCUCUGAAGUGUCAUCUAAAACGUUGGAUGCCUGCAGAGGAGGACUAGGAUGUUGGGCCAUAACAUGACCCCACUGUUGCAUUCAUCACACCUUGAUGUGGCUAUGCAGCUAUGUGCGAGAUGGGAUGAUGAAGAACAGUAUCUGAAGCAAAUCCCUUGCUCUAUCAGGUAAGUCUUUCGUUUCUCAAUGGUUUUUAACCUAAAGCCACGGCUCUUUCACAACGGGUGAGGUUUAUAAUGGAUGGGACAGUGUUUGCUGGGUUAUCUGUAAGUAGAGAUUCGUUCUGAGUUGUAAAUUGGGAGACAUUGGUUUUAGGCAUUGACACUGGAGUCCUAAUGUUUGUGUGCCUCAGAUGAAGCUUCUUGCUCCAAGAUGAGCUGUGGCCGGGAAGAGUGAAGUAGGUGUCAUUUCUUAUUUUAGCUUGACAGCAGACAAAAUCAGUGAAGAAGGAAAACGGGGGAUAUGUGACUCCAUUCUCUUUUUUUGUACCUUGAACCUUGAGAAAUCCAUUUCUCUUGCAAAAGCUGUGGCAGCAAAAGGACUAACACUGUGGGCAGUGUCUAAAUAAGCCAAGCCAGGCAGAUGACCAUUGCUGAAAGCAGCUCCAUUAACAGAUCCCGAAGUUCUCUUAACUUCACAUUAUCCUUAUUUGAAAACUUUGGAAAGCUACCCAAUUCUUGAAAAGUGCACUGUCUAUUACCAAUGAUGCACUGUAACAUCUGUCAAGCCUGUCCCACGUCAUUCUUUAAGCUGCAGCUGGGUUGCCUGUGUAAACUACUCUAAAGCACCCAACAUAGCCUGAGGAUUCCAUACCAAGCCACAGUGACAGCACGUCCAAUUCCUCACCAGUUGUAAGAUCGAGGUCUUUGAUUGUACUAUUAAAAGAUGACUUCCGUACUCUAUAACUUUCUGGAUGGUCAUCAAAGUAUGAUAGGCCAGUGCUUGUGAGCUCCUUGCAUGCCAGACAUUUUGCCACAUUCAUCACGAUUGAAAACUCUGGUCGGCCUUCUGCUACCUUUGUACCAUGGGAUAUUAAAUCUUGGCGGCCGAUGUGGAUCGUUACUGUCAAACCUUGGCAUUCUCUUUUCUGUUUUAAACGUAGCUGUGUUUCUUGUUUGGUGCUGGACAGGCAAGUAAGAGUUAAAGUGGCAUGCAAAAGCUUGGGCACCCCGGGUCAAAAUUUCUGUACUGUGAAUAGCUAAGCGAGUAAGAGAUGACCUGAUUUCCAAAAGGCAUAAAGUUAAAGAUGACACAUUUCUUUAGUAUUUUAAGCAAUUACUUUUUUAUUUCCAUCUUUUACAGUUUCAAAAUAACAAAAAAGGAAAGGGGCCAGAAGCAAAGGUUUGCGCACCCUGCAUGGUCAGUACUUAGUAACACCCCCUUUGGCAAGUAUUACAGCUUGUUAACACUUUCUGUAGCCAGCUAAGAAUCUUUCAAUUCUUGUUUGGGGGAUUUUCACCCACUCUUCCUUGCAAAAGGCUUCUAGUUCUGUGAGAUUCUUGGGCUGUCUUGCAUGCACUGCUCUUUUGAGGUCUAUCCACAGAUUUUCAAUGAUGCUUAGAUCGGGGGAUUGUGAGGGCCAUGGCAAAACCUUCAGCUUGCGCCUCUUGAGGUAGUCCGUUGUGGAUUUUGAGGAGUGUUUAGGUUCAUUAUCCUGUUGUAGAAGCCAUCCUCUUUUCAUCUUCAGCUUUUUUACAGACGGUGUGAUGUUUGCUUCCAGAAUUUGCUGGUAGUUAAUUGAAUUCAUUCUUCCCUCUAACCAGUGAAAUGUUCCCCGUGCCACUGGCUGCAACACAAGCCCAAAGCAUGAUCGAUCUACCCCCGUGCUUUGCAGUUGGAGAGGUGUUCUUUUCAUAAAUUCUGCACCCUUUUUUCUCCAAACAUAUUUUUACUCAUUGAGGCCAGAAGUUCUACUUUGCCGUGAGCAAUUUACUGGAGGGUGACCACUAGUUACAGUGUGCUGAUUGCUGUCUUUUUCCAAAGGGCAAAGUGUAAGAGGUAAAUUGAAUAAGACCGUAAGAUAUAGGAGCAGAAUUAGGCUAUUUGGCCCAGCAAGUCUGCUCUACCAUUUUAUCAUGGCUGAUCCAUUUUCCCUCUCAGCCUCAAUCUCCUGAGUGUUGUGACUUUUGACUCUGUGUUGUGUAGCAGACUGCUGACUAAGACAUUGGCUUGGUCUCUGAUGCAAUCGCUCACACGCUCAUGUGUACCCUGUAUUAUUGCUGGCAACACACAUAAAAGUUGCUGGUGAACGCAGCAGGCCAGGCAGCAUCUAUAGGAAGAGGUACAGUCGAUGUUUUGGGCCAAGACCCUUCGUCCGGACUCAUUAUUAUUAUUGCUGGGUAGCAUUUUUUUUUACUAUGAAACUCCUCAAUCAAGUAAGAGUAAAACUGAGAAUGAACCAGAAAAAUGCGGGCCAGCUGGUGGCGCAACGACAUCGGCGCCGGACCCAGGAGCAGAGGUUCCCGCGUUGGAAACUAGUCGGGUCUGCCCCCGAGCACGCUUUCCAUCCGUGCCAGGUUGAGUGUCGAGAUCGCAACUCGUAAAACAGAGGGAAAAUACUGAGAAAAUGUCUGUGUGAGGAGUGGCGUGCUGCACAGUCUCUCUCUCUCUCUCUGCGCCUUGGAAAAAGCAAUAAAAAAUCCAUCAUCACGGAUGCACGCACGGAGGGACACGCAGACACACACGCACAGACUCGCAUGCAUGCAGGCACACGCAAAAAAAAAGAACCAGAAAAAUGCUGUAAAUAUUUAAUGCAGCAAACGUACAAUGAUUAAAUCACAAAUUUAUUAGAAAUUAAUAUAUGAAGCUAGAUGUAAAAUAUCCAUAAUACGGUGUUGACACUCUCUUCACUCACAGCUGUCUGAUCACACAGUUGUUCUUCUACAUACCUUUUGCUUCUUGAUGGCUGCCCAGAUGUGUUUUCAUUUCUGGGUUCAUUUCCAUUAGUCUUUGGAGAUUUUCCACCAUACCUGCCCUGUAAGAACUUACAAAUGAUGACGCAUACAAAGGAAAGACAACACAGGAUCGUAUAAAUCUGCUUCAGUCUGAUUGAAAAGCCCCGUCAAAACAAAAUGGCUGAUCUUCUCACAUGGUCCAACUGACUUUCAAAUUUAAAGGCGGCCUCACCAUUAGAAUUAAAGCUGGCACCUCAAUCAGAAUAAAAGUUGGCAGGGCUAUAUUUCAAAGUAAAAGCCCAAACAACUACUCUAACCCUUCUUGUAGUGACUUCCUAUCAGGCCACUUACAGAGAAGAUCCAGCUCUUCUCUAGGUUUGAGACUUAGUCCUUCCAUGGCAAUGGCAAAGCUUGAUAACUGGGAGACUGGCUGUCGAACACUUUUAGUCCCGCUGUGACCAGGUCCCGACAAGCCAGAUACCAAGCCAAUGCUCAUGCACCUGCAGCUCCUGAAUGGGAGCAUUGUGGAAACUGGAUUGCCAAAUGUGUGCCCUGAGAUGGAUGCAAGUAGCAACUCACUGAGGUUUUUGCUGUGGUAGAAUUACAGAAUGGGGGUGUUGUGGAUCUUUGCUGCCACAGACUUAAUUUGUCAUUACCUGGACUAUGUGGAAGGCAUUUUGGCUGUGUGGUGUGGACAACUUCUCCUUGUAGACGUGGAGCACACUUUUAUAGCCAAAAUGUGCUUGGACAUAUUCUUUGGUAAGAUACAUUGGUUGUUAUGGCAAAGCAUGACUGGUUCUGGUUAUAGAUUCACCACUGUCUAAGUCAGCUGCUGCUUCACACAGUGCUGAGGCUGCCUUAGCUUCACAUUUCUCCUUGUUUAAUAUAGCCUCGACACAUGCUCUCUCCACCAUUCUCCAUUUGCGUUUCAACUUUGAGCUUAGUGUAAGCCUUUUUCAUUCUUCCCACUUCUGCUCCAGCACGGGCUCAUACAGCAAUUAUGUUAAUUAAAUGGAAUUUUGUCUAAUAGUUACUCAGACCAUUCAUGGAUGCGGCGGAAUGCUACAGCAUUCCUCUGGGGCCAACGUGCAAAACAUACACGCACGUUCAAAAUACUGACAGAGAAAAAAAGAACAUAGUCACACAAGAAAACACGUUGUUAGUCCAAGGCCCUGAGCGUUAAGUCCCGCAAAUUGAUGAUUCUGAGCAGUCCAGCCUGUAAUCCUACCGAUCUAACACUGGAAGGCAGCAUCAGCGGGAGAGACUACCCCAACUGGGCACAGACACCACACUACACUACCUCCAUUGUCUAACCUCACCUGGACUGCAGCAGCACCCAUCCCAUUGCGACUCUCCCACCGUGGCCCGGCAGCCCGACUGUCCUCCUACAGCCAGUGGCCGGCCUCACCUUCUCUGAACUCCCGGCCACUUCUACGACACCCUGGCCAACUCCUACGACAUCCCAGCUGGCUACUCCAAACAAUGAACAGCUCAUUGCUCUGGUAGACCUGCUGUACUCAUAGUUAUUGGAGUCCAGUGUAGGCUUAUGAUUAAAAAAAAACACAUUUAAUAAAGAAUAAAGCGCCUUUGGUUAGCCCCUGAGAGGCCGCUGUGUCUGCAUGUGCUGCCAUCUUACCAGAUGCUGUGCACUCAUUCGAGUAUCGUGACAGCAUGAUUGAUGAGCCACAUUCUGAUGUCACUUCCAGGUCUUGGCAAUUGAUUUUGCUUUGGUCACAAGCCCACAUAAUGGUCUAUGGCAUUCAGACAUGUCUCCAGUCCACGGGCAAUGCCUUAGAAGACAAGUUACCUAUUCACUCUACUGCCCUUGCAGUGCAUAUGUAUAAAGCAAUGCAGUGAGUUAAGCACUUUCUCAAAAAUCACCUGAGAUGGAAAUUUCCUUCAGGUUUUUUUGUGAAAGGGUAUUGCUUUUUCAAGGGCAAAUAAAGAGAUGAUGGAGAUGGAUGCCUUUCCACCCUGUGCUUCAAGUCAAAUCCAAAUUACCUGUGCAGGAAAUGAUAUUUUUUAAAAAAACUUGCGUACAGGAAGUGAUGUCAAUACAAAAUGCAUUGUACCUCUAGAGCCCAGAACAUGUAUAGUUAGGAUGUUAAGGAAUGUUGAUAAAUAGAGAGACGUGGUCCAAGUCCAUAGUUGCCACUAAUGGUUGGUGGGUCUGUUUAACUUCCCAACGUGCAUCAUCUAAUAUUAGACUAGGAUAAAUUCCACCUGCCAACACUCUGCCCAACUUUCCAUUUGAUCUACAUCCUUGUACAACCUUCCUUGUCAUCCACAACAUCACCAAUGUUGGUUUUCUAAUAUAUUUCAUGGGUGGAAAUUAAUAGCUGACUGACGUUCUAGAGCACUUUCAUAAUAUACCCAAUGGUUAUAGAGUAAUUAAAUUCUGAUGCUGUCCAUUUCUAAUUAAUAGUAUGUUUGCCUUCAUAGGUCAGGGCAUCGAAUACAGGAGUUGGAACAUUAUGUUGCAACUUUACAAAACACUGGUACAAAACAUGUUGAGCAUUAUGUGUAGUUCUGGUCACCACACGAAAGGAAGGAUGUGACUCAUCAAGAUGCGACCUGGUUUGGGGGAUUGGAGUUAAGAAGAGAAAUUGAAUCAGCUGGCUUGCCCAGGAGCAAAGGAGACUGAGAGAUGACCUGAUAAGAUAUACAAAAUUCCAGGAGGAACAGAAGGGGAGAUGGUCAAAGUCUUUUUUUUCCCCCAUAAUGAGGGUAUCAAAAACAGAGGGGCACAGAUUUAAUUUGAGACGAAGAGGAUCUAAGGGUUAAGUAGUUUCUUGCACAGUGUGUCUGAUAUUGGGAACGUGCUGUCAGAAGAGGUGCUGGAAGUUAAAUACAAUUAGAACAUAUUCCAAGCUUUGACAAUUUAGUUUGAACUUUGAGCAUUAAGACAGACACUUAAAUGGGAAAGGAAUAUUUCCAAUGGGGGCAAAUGGGAUUAGUGCAGGUAAAAUAGUCGGCAUGGAUGUGAUGGGCAGUGGGGCUUGUUUCAAUGCUGCUGUGAUUCUAUGGACCACUUGUUGAUGGGAGUGUGGUGGGUGCCUAUGAACCACUUGUUGAUGGGAGUGUAGUGGGUGCCUGGACUAUGUUGCCGGGGUGGUAGUGGAGGCAAAUAUGAUACAGCUGUUGAAGAGACUCUUAGAGAGAUGAAUGCUCAGGUAAUGAAGGGAUAUCAAGGUUAUGUAGCCAGAGGAAUUCAUUUACUUGGGUCAGUACAAUAUUAUGGGCCAAAGUGUUUGUUCCUGUGCUAUGCUCUUCUAUGUUGUAUGAAAAUGUUUUCAUUUCUCAUUACUAGAUUGAUAACUGGUGUUUCCUUUUGGCCUGCUGUCAAAAAACUUAGCUUUGUACAUUUUUCAGGUUUUUGCUUGCACAGUUUAUUGCAUAAACUCGGGGCUGGGGAAGAUAAAUCUUUGCUGACACAGUUUCCAUUUCAGGAAUGAAUGUGUGAAUCUUCAAAAAAUUUAGUUACAUUUGUUUGAGGGAAAAAAAAGACAAUUGUAUUGAAGAAAAAUCUUGAGUACAAUCAAAAACAUUAAA